UCGGAGACACCUUUAAAAUGGACCUAGUACUUCGGAGUGAGAGACAGAAGAAGAACAGUUUGUUGUUUCGGAAGUGUUUUUGAGUUCUAAAGAGAGAGAGAGAGAGAGAGAGGAGUUGAAGAGUUUUAGUUCUUCUUGUUUGGUUUAAGGUCUGAAACAUGGGCGACUCUGAGCUUGAUGGACCUGAUGGAUUGCCUCCUCCACCACCUGUUCCACCAAAUGUAGUUCCAAUAAAAGUAGAGCCAGUUAAGAAAGUUUCAAAACCUAAGCGUGUCCCAAUGGCAAGAACUGGUCUUGGAAAUAAGGGGAACAAAAUACAGUUGUUGACUAACCAUUUUAAAGUCGCUGUUAGUAAUGCUGACGGUUACUUUUUCCACUACUGUGUGUCCCUCUUCUAUGAAGAUGAUCGCCCUGUAGAAAGCAAGGGUGUAGGUAGGAAAGUUCUUGACAGAGUUCAAGAGACUUAUGCCUCUGAGUUAGCUGGAAAAGACUUCGCUUAUGAUGGAGAGAAAAGUUUGUUUACUGUUGGUCCUCUCCCACAAACUAAACUAGAGUUCACUGUCGUGCUUGAUGAGAUGUCAUCGAAUAGGAAUACCGGGAACGGCAGCCCUGCUGGUAAUGGAAGCCCUAAUGAUGCUGAUCGUAAGCGGAUGAGACGGCCAUACCAUUCCAAGACCUUCAAGGUGGAGCUUAGUUUUGCAGCCAAAAUCCCAAUGCAGGCCAUUGGAAAUGCGCUCCGUGGUCAGGAAUCAGAGAACUCUCAAGAAGCUCUUAGAGUUUUGGAUAUCAUUUUAAGGCAACAUGCCGCAAAACAAGGGUGCCUUCUUGUUCGUCAAUCCUUUUUCCACAACAAUCCGAAGAAUUUUGCGGACUUGGGAGGAGGUGUCCUUGGAUGCAGAGGAUUCCAUUCCAGUUUCAGAGCUACACAAGGUGGUUUAUCACUGAACAUUGAUGUAUCUACUUCAAUGAUAAUACAGCCAGGACCAGUUGUAGAUUUUUUAAUUAAUAACCAAGGUGUGAGGGAUCCAGGUGGCAUUGAUUGGGCAAAGGCUAAGCGAACUCUCAAAAAUCUGAGGAUAAAAGCCAGCCCAUCUAAUAUGGAGUAUAAGAUAACCGGGUUAAGUGAACUCCCCUGCGAUAGACAAACAUUCUCUAUGAAGCAAAGGAAUGGAAGGGAUGCAAAUGGAGAUGGCGAGCCUGAAAUGAUUGAAAUGACAAUCACUGAUUAUUUUGUCAAUAUUCGCCGUAUGGAAUUAGUUUAUUCAGGGCCUCUUCCAUGCAUUAAUGUUGGUAAACCAAAGCGACCGACUUACAUUCCAAUUGAGCUUUGUACUUUGGUUUCGUUGCAACGCUAUACAAAGGCAUUGUCCGUUCAACAGAGAUCUUCACUCGUAGAGAAAUCAAGACAGAAGCCUCAAGAAAGGAUGGCAGCUUUGACUGAGGCAAUGAAAACCAACAACUAUGAUGCUGAACCAGCAUUACGUGCCUCUGGUGUUACAAUUAGUUCUCAGUUUACACAAGUUGAAGGCCGUGUAUUACAACCUCCAAGGUUGAAAUUUGGCAAGGGAGAGGACUUCACUCCUCGGAAUGGAAGAUGGAACAUUAGUAAUAAAGUGUUUGUCGAACCAAUUAAGGUUGAACGCUGGGCCAUUGUAAACUUCUCGGCUCGUUGUGACAUACGUGGUUUAGUUCGAGAUCUUACCAGACUGGGAGAACAGAAAGGAAUGAUGAUAGAGCCUCCGUUUGAUGUAUUCGAAGAGUCCCCUCAGUCUAGACGGGCACCUCCACCUGCCCGGGUGGAGGAGAUGUUUCAACAGAUUAGGGCAAAACUUCCCGGAGCACCCCAGUUUCUUCUAUGUCUUCUUCCAGAGAGGAAAAACUGUAACAUCUACGGUCCAUGGAAGAAGAAGAAUCUUGCUGACCUUGGAAUUGUUACUCAAUGUGCGGCGCCUUCAAGAGUCAAUGACAAUUACCUUACAAAUGUUCUUCUUAAGAUCAAUGCCAAACUUGGUGGUUUGAAUUCGGUGUUGGCCAUUGAGCACUCUUGUUCAAUUCCUUUUGUCUCUAAAGUUCCCACAAUGAUCCUUGGGAUGGACGUUUCACAUGGCUCUCCUGGACAAUCUGAUAUUCCAUCUGUAGCUGCGGUAGUCAGCUCCAGGCACUGGCCAUCUAUUUCACGUUAUAGAGCAUCUGUGAGAACACAAUCCCCAAAGGUUGAGAUGGUCGAUAAUCUAUUCAAGCCCAUAUCGGACACGGAGGAUGAUGGCAUAAUUCGUGAGCUAUUACUGGACUUCUAUACAAGCUCAAAAAAAAGAAAGCCUGAACAAAUUAUUAUUUUCAGGGAUGGUGUGAGUGAGUCCCAGUUCAAUCAAGUCUUGAACAUCGAAUUGGAUCAGAUUAUUGAGGCGUGCAAAUUCCUUGACGAGAAGUGGUCUCCUAAGUUUACAGUAAUUAUUGCUCAGAAAAACCACCAUUCCAAGUUUUUUCAGCCAAACAGUCCUGACAAUGUUCCACCCGGUACAGUUAUUGACAAUAAAAUCUGUCACCCGCGAAACAAUGAUUUUUAUAUGUGUGCACACGCGGGCAUGAUUGGAACAACUAGGCCGGCACAUUACCAUGUGUUGUUGGAUGAAAUUGGCUUCUCAGCUGAUGAGUUGCAGGAACUUGUUCAUAAUUUAUCCUAUGUGUACCAGAGGAGCACAACUGCUAUUUCUAUAGUUGCUCCAGUAGCAUAUGCCCACCUUGCAGCGACCCAAGUCUCAACAUUUACAAAGUUCGAUGAAAUGUCUGAAACUUCCUCAAGCCAUGGAGGGAUGACGUCUGUGGGCUCUGCACCAGUGCCUGAACUACCUAGACUCCAUGAGAACGUACGCAGUUCUAUGUUCUUUUGUUAAGUUCUCUCUUUGGUAUGAUGGAUACAGAGAUCACUAAGUUCCAUGGUGUAAUUAAUUUUGUUUCCUCACAUGGUUGGUGUAUCGGACAAGUUAUUUUAUUUUGUAGCUGUGUGUUUUACUAGACCUUAGGUUUAAGGUUUCCUCUGUAGUUAGGUGGGUUGGUGUUUUGGUGGUGUUCAAUAUUCGGGCGGUGUCGGCAAGUUUUUGUAAUGAUCUCCCAAGUUAAUUACGAAGCAGUGAAUGGGGAGUAAAACCUUUCAUGUUGGUGUUGCAAACGUUUAAACAUGAAAAUGAUGCAUUUUGUUUAUA